UAGAGAUGUUGGCAGAAAGCCUGAAACAGAACAUCAUUGUUGCGGUAUAGCCAUGUGUCUCCCCUGGCCUAAGUCCAGUUGGAUACGGUAUUGCUAACAGCCUCCCCAAGAUGGACACUGGUAGCGGCAAGACUCAGGUUGCUGUGAUGCGCAUGAGGGGAGAGCUUGAAAGGGAAGAUCCGAACAAGAUAAUCUGGUUCUUGGCACGCACAGUGGCCCUUUGCUCUCAACAGCAUGAUGUGAUCAAGACCCAGAUUCCUGUUACUCAGACCAGGCUACUUCUCGGUUCAGAUAAUGUUGAUGCUUGGUCGGACCAGGAGACCUGGGAUACUAUCCUGCUUAACACACGUAUCGUCGUAUCGACCCCUCAGAUUCUGUACGAUGCCCUCAGCCACGCCUUUGUCACCAUGCAGAGGCUCUCUCUGAUUGUCUUUGAUGAAGCUCACCACUGCGUCAAGAACGACGUCGGCAAGCGGAUUAUGGAGAAGUUCUACCACGACAACAAGGGAAAGGGCCUCCCAGUACCACAUAUUCUGGGGUUGACAGCUAGCCCCAUCAUGGGCUCACGAUCUGACGGACUCGAGAUGCUGGAGAAGGCCCUGGAUGCAGUAUGCAAGAGUCCAACGAUUCAUCGGGGGGAGCUUAUGUCCCACGUCAAGAAGCCUGCACUGGAACUGGCUUACUACGAAUCCAAGCCAGUCAUGGACACACCGAGAAGUUUGCUCAGUCUUCGCGCCACGUUCCAAGGCCUCGACAUCCUGGAGGACCCCUAUGUCCUGCACCUAGCGAACCAAGGAACGGAUCGCAGCUUGAGGAAACUCGAGCGUGUUCUCGACAAAUGGGAUACCUAUACGCAAAAUCAACUCAAGACUUUCACCUAUAGGAGCUCACAGCUGCUGCGAGAACUGGGCAGCUGGGCUGCCGAGUACUACGUCUGGAAGGUGACCGAGGACGCCAAGUCAGCGCUCGUUACACGCGACCCCAACUUCGUCAGCUGGACAGAGGACGAAAGACAGUAUCUUGCCAAAGCUCUGAAUCAGAUCAAGCCCGUAAAGAGGACCGAGGCGGAUCUUACCCGAGACGCCGUGUCGGAGAAAGUCGUUCUGCUCAUGGAGCACCUCUUGCUGGGAGACGACGAUACGCUCGGAAUCGUCUUCGUCAAAGAAAGGACCACAGCAACGCUUCUCGCUCACCUUCUUGCCACCCACCCCCUGACCCGGCACAAGUAUCCCCGCGUCGGCGUCGUGGUGGGAGUCUCCCAAUAUGCCGCCAGGAAGAAGGACAUCUGGGACCUCUCCCGGACCGAAGAAUUCCAGUCUCUGCAGCGUUUCCGAGACGGCGAGAUCAACCUCCUCGUCGCCACGAAUGUUCUCGAGGAGGGAAUCGACGUCCCUGCCUGCAACCUGGUGAUUUGCUUUGAUCCGCCCGACAACCUAAAGUCCUUCAUCCAGAGACGCGGACGAGCCCGCCAGAAGGACUCGAGGCUCGUAAUCCUCGUGGAUCUCAAUAACCCUCCAAAGUUACUCCAAUCCUGGGAGCAGAUGGAGGCCCAGAUGAAGAGCAAAUACGAAGACCAAGACCGGGAACUUGAACGUCUGCGGCAAAUAGAGGAUUCCGAGCCAACGCCAUCGGAAAUCCUGGUGGUGGAAUCCACCGGAGCCCAGAUCGACUACGACACUGCAAAGUCACACCUGGAGCACUUCUGCGCCACGCUUUCUCCCGAUCGCUACGUCGAUUCACAGCCCGACUUCAUUAUCCAGAAUGUCUGGGACGGAGAUUCCCCGCUCCUGAAAGCCACCGUCUUGCUCCCCUCGUACGUACCGGAGGCGGUACGUAUUGCCGAGAGCCGGAACGCCUGGUUGACCGAGAAGAACGCCAUCAAGGAUGCUGCGUUCCAGGCCUACGCCGCUCUCUACACGGCCAAGCUUCUCAACGACCAUCUCCUGCCGCUCAAAGCAAAGGACAUGAUGCCCAGCAUCGAACGCCGGCCUAAGGCGCUGGUAUCAAUCAACGGUCUCGUGAAUCCAUGGGUCGAAGUGGCGCGAGCCUGGGAGAAUCCCGGUGUCCUCUGGGCUACCCCUGUGCGCUUCAUGGACCCCCAUGGCAUCUGCAGGGGGUCCUACUCCAUGAUCACCCCCAUCGCGCUACCCGAGUUGCCUCCGACCCUCAUGUACAUUGAGCGAGGCAGCAGUCACUGGACCGUGGAGUUUGGGGCGCAGCAUUCCGUCCCAUCCACUUCGACCAUAGACCACGCUUCAGUGCUCCUGGCUCUUCCCUUCAGCCACAGAUGGCCUUCUGAAGACCGCCGGCAUGUUGUUAGAUUCGUUUCCGAGGAAGGGGAUCUUACCAUUGACCAGCUGGGAGCUAAACCUUUCGAUGUGGACGAGUUUAUGCACCAGGAUUCCGAUUCCGAGUAUCUGAUCAGAGAUUUCGCCGGCUGUCCCUAUAAAUACGAGAAAGUACUCGAGAAGAAACCCUCGCAGGACCAGGUGCAGCGCGCUUUCCGGGGCUACGGAGAUAUGCCUGGGUUUGUUGACGCUCCGGACGACGUUGCCUAUCUGGCUCUCAAGAAGUGGUCUCGACGAAUCGACUUCCUCCACCGGGAAACGGGCGACCCGACUCAGGAACAGGCGAGCACAAAACCCUACGCUCGGGUCUUCCCACUGCCCUGGGCAAGGGUUGAUUCGAUUCCAUCGCGUCACGCAUUGUUUGGGGCCUGCAUCCCCUCUAUCCUCCAUCACGUCGAGGUGAGAAUGGUUGCGAAACAGCUUUCCUGCAGUGUCAUCCGAGAUCUCUCCAUAUCCGACUUGUCCCUGGUGGUGGACGCCAUUAGCUCACGUAGCGCUCGGGAGCCGGGAGACUAUGAGCGCCUUGAAUUCUUCGGCGACUCGCUGCUCAAAAUGUGCGCCACCAUCAACGUCGCAGCUCUACAUCUUGACUUGCCCGAGGGGUAUCUCGCGCUUAUGAAAGAUUGUCUCGUCUCCAACUCGCGACUCUGUAAAGCAGCAGUCGAGAGUGGCUUGGACAAGUUCCUCCUUACUCGACCUUUCACGGGGAAUAAGUGGCGGCCCAUUUAUGUGGACGCCCUUCUGGACGGCGGCUCGGCAGACAGCGGUCCUCGCCAGGUGUCUUCGAAGACGCUCGCCGACAUCGUAGAAGCCCUCAUCGGUGCCGUGCACGCAGACGGAGGGCUCUCCAGAUCCCUGUCGUGCAUAGCCCUCUUCCUGCCGGACAUCGAAUGGCAUCGUCCCGACGAAUGCCGCAAGCUCCUUUACGACCAUGCACCAUCUGAUGUUCCUCUUCCCCCCACCCUGGCCCCCCUCGAGGAUCUCCUUGGGUACCAGUUCCGAAAGAAGGCGCUCCUCGUCGAGGCGACAACGCACGCAUCCUACCAUGGGGUCGACAGCUUCCCGCUACGGACCUUGGAACGCCUCGAGUUCCUGGGCGACGCUGUGCUCGAUUAUAUUGUCGUAUCGCGCCUCUAUCCGCUCAACCUACCUCCGAGCGCGACGCACCUCCUCAAAAGCGCCACCGUGAACGGCGACCUUCUCGGCUUUCUCGCCCUAGAGCACCACAUCGACCAAGACAAAGUCAUUGUCAGCACCAGCGGUGGAAACAGCCCGAUUGGGCCGGAAUCACCACCACCGUCGCCAUUUUCCACGCCAGUUGCCGCAAUGGAGACCGACAAUGCCGUCGGCAUCAGCGACAUAUCAGACCUGGCCGACGAACCGUCCACUCCUUCGAAAAAGCCGACCUUGAAACACGAAGCUUACCCCCUUCCCUUGUGGAAGUUCCUACGACACAACUCCCCGAACAUCACAGCCGAACAGCCCUCCCUGGAACACCGACACGCUGCGCUCCGCUCGCGGAUCCUCGCCGCCCUGCGCAAGGGGACGCGCUACCCCUGGGCGCUCCUGGCGCGCCUACGCACCCCCAAAUUCGUCUCCGACCAGCUCGAGGCCGUCCUCGGCGCCGUCUGGGUCGACUCGGGCGACCUAUCCGCCUGCGAGGCCGUCGCGGCCCGUUUCGGCAUCCUGGGCGUGCUCGACCGGCUCAUCAGCGACGGUGUCCACGUGCUGCAUCCCAAGGAGGAACUGGGCCGGCUCGCCGACCAGGAGAAGGUCAAGUACAUCGUGACCGGGGUGGAUGGGUCGGACGACGAAGGGAACGGGGUGAUGGAUGAGAAUGAGGGGGUCGUCCCAGGGGUGUUGUCGGCCUUUGGUGGGAAGAACUGGCAGUGCCGAAUCAUGGUCGGGACGCGAUGCGUGGUCGAAUUGGACGGGGGUGUCUCGCGAGAAGAGGUCGAGACGAAGGCCGCCGAGGUGGCCGUGAAAGUUCUUGUGGAAGAAAAGAAGCAGAGGGCGGCGAAGAACCCGGGCGUGGGGUGUGGGAGUGGACGUGGGUGAAGAUGAACGGGAACGUGAUCAGGUGAUGGGCGAGGAUUAGGUACCUUACGGAGUAAGGACUGUGAGGGAAUUGUGUACCCGUAUCAAGACUUUGGGUAUCUUAUAUACAAGUUGGUCUU